AUGGCGGACACUCUGGCUUCUGUUUAUGACGGUGCAAAACUUUUACAAAGUAGUGGAUGCUACAGUGAUGCUUUGAAAGAGUUAGAUAAACUAAUAGAGCUUUCUAAGAAAUGCAAGGAACAAUGAGAAUCACUAAAUCAUUUGCUAUCUUGUGCAUGGAACGAUAGAGGACAUUUAAAGUACUUGAAAGUUGAUUUCGAUGCUGCAAUUUCUGAUUACACUCAAGCUAUAGAACUUGAUAAGAACUUUGCGGUACCUUACUACAACAGAGGGCAGAUUCAUUACAGAAUGGGACGUUACGAGGAGGCAGUCAAAGACCUCAGGCAAGCCCUCAGAAUUGACCCAAAAUUUCAAGAUGCAAGGCAAAACCUAAAACAAGCCAUUGAAGAUUGGAAUCUUAGUGGGAAAGGAAAUAUUAUUUGUGGAGACAGCAAAAGAUAGAUGUGUUGUGCACAGUCUCAAAAAAUGUAUUUCAAGUUAUGGCUCAAAGCCUCCUUGACACACACAGUCUUAUAUCUUUCUUUGAAUCUCUGUUGAUAAAAGCAAAUCAUUAAGUUUUAGUUCAAAAGAAUCAUUUAAUUAAAAGAAGAACCAGUAGUUAUGAUGUGAAUGGAGAUACAGUGAUUUUUAGUCUAGCUGCAAAAAUGUUUCAUUGUAGGGUACCUUUCUUUAUGUUAACUUAAUAAAUGUAGCUUUCAAAGCUGCUGGUGUGGGUUUACCGCCACCCAGUUAGCCCAAUGGAU